AUGCACGGAAGGCCUAGGAAAGCUCUAAAUGAGGAAGAGCAAAGUGCUUCAUCUCUUAAAGCUGCCAAGCUUCGCGAUCUCCAAUCCCAAGUCCUUCACUUUCACCACAACAAAAUUUACACGGGAGAAGCUAUUGAAAUCAGCGCGAAGCUAUUAGAGUCAAAUCCAGAGCACUAUACUGGUUGGAACUACCGGAAACUCGCCGUGCAGCAUCUUAUCGACCAGCGGUCCGAGGGCGGAGCCGACUCUGAGUCAAUCCAAUCGAUUUUGGAUGAAGAAUUGAGAGUUGUGGAGAAUGCAUUGAAGAGGAACUUUAAGUCUUAUGGGGCUUGGCAUCACCGAAAAUGGGUGUUGAGCAAAGGUCAUUCGUCCACGGACAGGGAAUUGCGGCUUCUCGGAAGGUUCCAGAAGCUGGAUGCCCGUAAUUUUCACGCCUGGAACUACAGGAGGUUCAUAACAGCAUUGAAGAAGAUUCCGGAUGAAGAGGAACUUAAAUACACGACUGAUAUGAUAUACGAUAAUUUUAGUAACUAUUCAGCCUGGCACAAUCGAAGCAUUCUUCUGUCUAAUCUACUAGAGAAAGGAGGAGAGGAUUAUGAUGAUAAGGGGAAUGUGUUGGGAGAGGAGUAUGAGUUUGUACGAAAUGCCCUGUUCACAGAUCCCGAUGAUCAAAGUGGUUGGUUCUAUCAUCUAUGGCUUCUGGAUCAGACGUUGAAGCGGGAAUCCACAUUUCUUUCUUCUUGGCCUCCCCAUGGCUCAAACUUAUCUGUAUCAAUUGAUUGUUCCAAAGAAAAAAUAUUUCCGCUUGUUUUAUAUUUUAGUGAUGCAGUGAAAGGUGUAAGCUCAUCUACAGUAACUAUUGAGCAUCACGUGGCGGACAAUUUUUCCUGGAGACCACUGGCCGUGACUAAUUAUGGUUUUUCUCGAGCCUGGUUUACUUAUCUUAAGUUUCCUGAUGAAAUGCAUUUUUCAGAGGCUUUACGUGUAAAGGUUACAGUUGCAAGUUCUCCCGGUAUUACUUCCUCUGGUGGUUUGCCCUGUAAUCAGUCUCAUCAUGUAUCUUUCUCUGUCUGUUUACCUUCUGAUGACCAAAAGCAUUCUGAGAUGAAAACAAUAGAUCGAAUAUCAUGGAAAGAGGAACACUUUAAGGCCCUUGCUCCUGAAUCUCAAGAGGUAAACUUGCCCGACUUGAUUUCAGAAUUGGAAAUCAAUGAGCAGAACAAAGAAAAGACUCCUACGUUGAGUGUGGAGACUAUAUCUGGUGAAAUAGAUCACUGCCGGGAACUGUUGUCAACAACAAACUGUAAAAUUGGGAAACUUACUCUUGCUAGACUCUUGAUGGCAUAUAACACAUUGGUGUUAUUCAGAAGCACUGAUGAUGGAAUCCAGACCGGUUAUGAAGAUAUUCUCGCCCUUUAUCAAGAUUUAAUGAAAUUGGAUCCUGCACAUAUUUGUUACUAUGAGGAUGAGUACAGUUUGGUUUUAUUUAAGCAGCUGACAUCGGAUAAAGCCUCUUUACUGAAGCACUGCUAUCAAUACGACGAGCCUCUUUUAUCAGGUGUAAAGCCUUAUUUGUGCGCUCGGCUGAAUGGUCUCUCAUUAUCACGAAUCGGCAGUAUGGAGCACUUACUGUGGGUUCAAAUGUUAGAUCUCAGCCACAACAAGCUUCGUUCAAUUGAAGGUUUGGAGGCUCUGCAGCUGUUAUCCUGCUUGAAGCUUAGUCACAACAGAAUCUGCAGUUUUACGGCUUUAGAGCCCUUGAAAAUGCUAAAGUAUCUAAAAGUACUCGACAUAUCGCACAACGAGAUUGGUGCACACUCUAUAGACACGAGAAGAUACUUGUGUUCGUCUCCCCUCAAUCACGCAGUUGGAGUUGACUGUAAUUGCGAAAAAUUUGCCGAAGGAGAUAUUCAGGUGAAGGACUACUGGGAUGCAUACCUACUUUUCAAGGACUUGAAUUUGGUCCAAUUAGAGAUUGCAGGAAAUGCAGUUGUUGAUGACCGGUUGAAAGCUUUUCUAUCAAAGUUGAUCCCUCGACUCGAGUGGCUCAACAGUGAGAAAAGCCAUUAG